UUGAGCCGAGGUGACUAGUUGUGAUUAAAGUGAAACAGCGUCACUGUUCUGGCAUUUUCUCUUUUACUGAUGAAACUAAAUAAAUAAACACUAAAGACUCAACAUGAACAAUAUGGAUGCAGUGGAAGCUUUCAGCACUGAGAUGACGUCCAUGAUGGACAUGAAGCCUCCCAUCUCACGAGCAAUGAUGCUGUCCAUUACAAAAGCUGGACUCAAAGCCAUUAAGCUUUAUAAACACGUGGUUCAGGUCAUUGAGAAGUUCAUUAAGAAGUGUAACCCAGAGCUGAAGGUCCCCGGUCUGUACGUGGUGGACUCUAUAAUCCGACAGUCCCGUCAUCAGUUCGGCGCAGAUAAAGACGUCUUCGCUCCCAGGUUCCUGAGGAACAUGACGUCCACGUUCCAGAGUCUCUAUCAGUGUCCUCCUGAUGAUAAGGAGAAGAUCCUGCGUGUGCUGAAUCUGUGGGUGAAGAAUUCUGUCUUCAGUAUGGACGUCAUCCAGCCUCUGGUGGACAUGGCAUCAGCGCCAACCGUGCCAGUCCUGGAGAAUAGAGGUUCUUCUCAUGCUGUGCCAUCCCUACAGCAGCCCACAUCAUCCGAACCUCUCGAACCAGCAGCUCAGCUCGCACUGGUGUCCCAGUUUCUCCAGUCUAACCAGAGCCUGGAUCUGCAGCAGAUCCUCCAGACCCUCCAGCGGACGAGCGGCGGACAGGCUAGCGAGCAUAACGAGCAACCAGCAGUGCUAACAAACCCUCCAGUUCAGCAGCAGGACCUGCAGCAUCACCUCCUCAACCAUCAGCCACGCCCGGUUUGUUCUGACGUACAGGCAGGAGAGCAGAGUGAACAGGGCGUGGCCGACAGGAGCUCGUCCAGCAGAGACGCCGCUGUGAGGAGGAGGAGGAGGAGGAGCUCCAGAUCCAGGUCACCCAGAAGUCGCUCCUCGCCCCGUUCUCGAUCCGCUUCUCAUAAUUCCCGGUACAGACGCUCGCGGUCCGGUGAGCGCUGGAGGGCGUCGCCCAGAUCCCACAGACAGGGGUGUAGAGAGGGGGAGGGGCGCUCACCCGAAUCACGUGAAGAGGAGCGGGGCGAGGAGGGGCGCUCGCCUAAAUCACACGAGGAGGAGAUGAGGGAGACGAUGAGGAGGAGGAACGGACUCCCACCUAUAAAGAGAGAGACACUCAGCGUGUGCAGCACCACUCUGUGGGUCGGGCAGCUCGAUAAGAAAACACAGAAGCAGGACGUCACCAGUCUGAUGGAGGAAUUCGGCCAGAUCGUCUCUGUAAAUAUGAUUCCUCCUCGAGGAUGCGCCUACGUGGUGUUGGUUCACCGACAGGACGCUCACACGGCUCUGGAUAAACUCGCUCAGUCCAGCGCCAGAAUCAACCGCAGACCCUUCAAGAUCGCCUGGGCCAUGAACAAGGGCGUCGGCUCUCGCUAUAAGAAGUACUGGGAUGGCGAGCUGGGCGUGACCUACGUGCCCUGGAUAAAGCUGAAGGGUUCGGAGCUGGUGGAUCUGAAGGAGGGAGCGCUGCUCGACCCGGAGACACUAAAACCGGGAUGGGCGGCGCCCGGUCAGGCCGACUCGGACGCUGGAACAGGAGCUGAACUGGAACUGAAGGACGGAGCUCCGGUCACGCCUCAGAUUCCGGACGGCGGCACGUCUGAGGAUUUCAGCGGAGCCGAGGUGACGUGUCCCUCAGAAGAACCCUGGAAUCAGACUGGAACACCAAAUGCUCCUCACCCUCCAUUUUUACCCCCCAGACUGAACCUAACGCCCCGUCCCAGCGCUCCCAGUCCCAACAUGAGCUGUCCAAAUGUGCUCUAUCCAAUCAGGACCUGUACUGAUAUACCUCAGCACGGAAUACAACGUCCUGUCAUGCCACGCCCUAUUAUACCAUGCCCCAGCGUGCCACGCCCCAUUAUACCCCACCCCAGCAUGCCUCAUUCUAUCAUGCCCCACCCCAUCAUGCCACGCCCCAUCAUGCCUUGUCCAAGCAUCUCUUCCGACAACAUGCCCCGCCCAGGCCGACCUUCGCCCAGUUUUUUCAGAGGCGCGAUGUUUGGGGGUCCAAACGAAGAACGUUUCCCGCCCCCAGGUCUCAGGGUGGCAGAGCGGUGGGAGGGUGCGAACCUCGAGAACGAUUGGGACGACGACGGACCUCUGAUGCCCCCUACAGUCAGGCGCGGUGGCUGGAACAGAGGCGGCUCACAGGGGCGCGGAUCCUCCAGGAACGGCUUCUAAACUUCUUAUAAACUCACGAAAACGUUUUAAAUAAAGCGAAAAAAUUCCACAGUAAAAAUUAACACAA